UCGAUUUUUUGACCUUAAAGAUGAAGGUCGUUCUCCAUAACAUUUUCUCCUAAUGGAAAGUUUUGAUGAGUCUAGGUUGCCAUUAGAGAUCAAAACUAAACUAGCAGAGCUUGAAGUCGAACUUUCCGAAGGUGAUAUUACAGAAAAAGGAUAUCAGAAAAAGAAACAGAAGCUUUUGGCUCCAUUUAUUAACGCUUCCAUCAACUCAACUAAUUCAUCUAACAGUUCGCAUAUUCCUUAUGGUGGAGUUUUACUUCCUGGACUUAAUGAAACGCAUCAUUUAAGUUCACGUGGUCCUGUUGUUGGUUGUGAUGAUAAUGUUGCAGAGUCUUUCAGAAAUGGGCCCCAAAAUACUUCCCCUAUUAAUGCUCAAAAUCGCAGAUACAUUCGAGAAAAUCAUCGAUACCGAUCGGAUAUCCGAGAAGAGGCGGUGAAGGAGGCUCUAGUUCAAGCUCGACAGGAACGUCAUGAUGCAUUGGCACCUAGUAAACGUCGUGACCCCAGUCGUUUAUCCUAUAUACAUCCAACUCCCGGACAUAAUGCAACAUACUCAGAUGAUUCCGAUGAAGAUUUGUCAUCAACGUCUGCAAACAUUACGCGUUUAGGAAACAAUCUUAAUCAGUUAUCAGGAUUAAAUGAAAUUCCAAGUUCAAGUGUACCUACCAAUGGUGUGUCCGACAGAAAUCAACAUAGAACAGUAACAACAACAACUGCUACAACUUCUACUACUAGUCAAAUCCGCAGACAACAAUCUUCUGCUGAUCGAUAUGAUGAAGUGCCUUCUUUGGAUGAAAUUCGAUCCUCUCAACCACCAAUUCAAUCUUCAAAUAGAAUAAAUCAAUUCGGUGUAAACAAUUCAUGGGCUUAUACAGCAAAUCAACCUUCUGAUCAACAAAAUGGUAAUUUAGCUGGAGCAUUGAAUGCAGCUGAUUCAUUUGAACAAUUAGCUGCUCUUGCUGAAGCUCAAUUAAAUUCUAAUAAUUUAGGAAUGUGCAAUUAUCCUGACCAAUCGGUUAAUACUAUAUUUCAUCAAUCUCAAGCGAUUUCUACAGCUUAUCAAUCCCAGCCUGGAAUUAAUUCAUAUCCAGUAUCCAUGACUCAAAAUGGUCAGAGAUCGCAUAUAGUUGGCGGUGUUAGUGUACUUCCAGCUUUUACUAGUGGUGUCAUAACGAAUGGUAGUUCCGGGUACACAAAUCAUGAAUUUGUCCCCUCUUCAUCAGCAUAUGAUCUACAACAAAGUCAACAAGAACAAUGCUCUCAGUUAAACCAACAGGUUUCACUAGCGUCUUCUUCAUCUGCUGAUCUUGAUAAUACCAAUAAUGGUAGGAAGUUCUCAUCACCAGCAACAGAAGAGUCAAUUGGACAAGAUCAUUCCUCUGAUACCAGUCAAACAACAGGUCUUUUAUGUCAUAAUCGUGUAUCAGAAAAAAUUCAAAAAUUGGUCAAUACUUUGAAACGUCCCAAACGAUAUCCAUUACCGGAAUAUUUCCUUGAUGAUGAGGAUCAAGUACUUGUACGACCUGUUGUUGAUCCUACAGCGCCACGUCCUAGAGGUCUUCCAUCUGAGCCAUUGAUAGGAGAAGAACUAGUUAUACCUUCUGGUUUGCCAAGAAAUCUAGAAUCCGCUCUUCAACGUUACGCUAGUUUGAGUUGUAAAACACCAGCCUUAACUUGUUUAGAUGUAUCUGGCAGACCAACUCAGGUGUUAACUUAUGCAAAGUUACUGCAACGUGCUAUUCGAAUAGCUUAUACACUUUUGAAUAAAUUGGGUCAUCGUGGUGAACAAAGUUUAAAACCUGGAGAUCGUGUUGCAUUGGUAUAUGCUAAUAAUGAACCAAUCAGUUUCUUGUGUGCAUUUUAUGGUUGUAUUUUAGCAAGUGUUAUACCAAUAGCAAUCGAAGUUCCAUCUGCUCGUCGAGAUGCUUCAUGUCAAAGUAUGGGAUUUUUAUUAGGCAGUCAAGAUGCACGUAUAGUUUUAGCUAGUGAACAAUGUUACAAAGCAUUACCACGUGGUCAGAAUGGUGAAAUUUUAUCAUUUUCUGGUUGGCCACGUGUUACAUGGAUUAAUACAGAUCAUCAUGCUAGUGGAACUAAACCACCGAAAGAUUGGACUCCUCCUGAUCGAUUAGCCAAUGAUGCAACAAUGUAUUUGGAAUAUACAUUUAGUAAAGAUGGCAGUGUACAUGGUGUAAUGAUAAGUCGACGUGCAGCAUUAUCUCAUUGUCGAGCGUUAACUGUAGCUUGUAAUUAUUCCGAGGAGGAUGUUGUUGUUUGUGUUGUAGAUUGUCGUCGACAAAUGGGAUUAUGGCAUGCUGUUUUAACGAGUGUCUUCAAUGGAUUACAUGUAAUUUUUGUGCCUUAUUCUGUAAUGCAAAUUGAUCCUGGCUCGUGGUUACGUAUGGUUACAAAGUACAGAGCAACUGUUGCUAUUGUAAAAAGCCGUGAUAUGCAUUGGGCAUUAUUAGCUGAACGGGAUCAUCCUAAUGUAAAUUUAUCUUCACUACGUAUGCUUUUAGUUGCAGACGGAUCAAAUCCUUGGUCUUUAAACUCCUGCGAUUCUUUUACACAAAAAUUCCGAUCUCGAGGAUUUUGCCCUGAAGCUAUAUGUCCAUGUGCUGGAAGUUCAGAAACACUUACACUUAGUUUACGUCGUCCACCACAUCAAACGAAUUCAGCAAUGAAUUCAGUAAAUGGUAAAAUAUCCACAAAUUCUCGUUCUGAUUCACUGGUAACAUCUGCGCCCAGUUCAGUAAGAGGAGUUAUUUCAAUCCAUAGUCUUACCUAUAGUGUUGUGCGUGUCGACACUGAAGAUUCAUUGACUUCACUUACAUUGCAAGAUUGUGGACAAGUUCUUCCAGGAGCCUCAGCAGUUGUUGUACGCCUGGGUCCCAAACCAAUACUUUGUCAAACCGAUGAAGUUGGUGAAAUAUGCUUAUCUUCUGAGUAUACUGGUUCUGGUUAUUGGGGUCUCCGUGGUCAUACUGACGCACAUUUUCAUGUAGAACCCAUACAUGAAGAUGGUACUCCUGUAUGUUCUUCUACCACUGGCGUUAAAAAGUAUACACGAUCUGGAUUUAUUGGGUUUCCUGGUCCAGCAUCAUCUGGUGGAUUAAUCUUUAUUUCCGGUUGUAUUGACGGAUUAAUGACUAUUGCAAGUAGACGUCACAAUGCUGAUGAUAUUAUAGCAACAGUGCUUGCAGUUCAACCGACAAAAAUUGUAUAUAGAGGAAGGAUUGCAGUGUUCUCAGUGGAUUUAUUGAAAGAUGAACGUCUUGUUAUUGUAGCUGAAUUAAGACAAGGUUAUUCCGAUGAAGCUGCAUUCACAUGGAUGUCUCUUGUACUUCAAGCUGUUGAUAGUAUUCAUCAAGUUAGUGUUUAUUGUUUAGCUUUGGUUCAGCAGAAUACAUUGCCAAAAACACCUUUUGGUGGGAUAAAUUGUCAUGCUGUGAAAAAACUUUUUUCUGAAGGACAUUUACAUCCUACAGCAUUACUCCUUUGUCCUCAUUCGGCUAUACAAAAUUUACCUCAACCACGACAACUCAGACCUAGUUUAGUUGGACCGUCAGCUAUGAUGGUUGGUCAAGUUGUUCAAGGAGUUCGACUUGCAGAGGCACGUGGAAGACCUUUAGGUUCAUCAUCCUCAUCUUCUAAUACAACUUCAAGUUCACCUGAUAAUGGAUUUCAACUGUUAACUGAAAUACUGAUUCAUCGAGCAAAUCAUACUCCAGAUGAUAGAUUAUUUACUGUUUAUAAUACUAAAGGACAAGAAGCUUCCACACUUACUUGUAGUCAACUUUUACGUCGUUCAGAACGAUUAGCAGCUCAAUUGAAAGAAAAAGGUAAAGCUCAAUUAGGAACAAUUGUUGCUUUACUCUAUCCUCCAGGUACUGAACUUGUUUGUGCAUUUUACGCUUGUCUUCUAAUUGGUGCCAUACCAGUACCGGUACGUCCACCUCGUGUAGACUCUUCAUCAUCAACGCAUAGUGGUAGUGGUGGUGGGGUUGGUGGUGCUGCUGCUGCUCUAAUUGGUUCUAGUCCUCUUGGUCUAUUAACUGGACCACCUGGUUCAGGAUCAUCAUCCGGUUUAAGUUUAUUAGGCUUAGGAGGUGGUGGUGGUGGUUGUAAUGGGAAUUCACCAGUUACUGGUAGUGCUAGUCAAUUAUCUUCUGGUACUGGAAGUUUUCCUAAUGUAUAUUUUCGACCGAAUACUCCAAGUUUAGACAGUGCAUUGGAUUUAAUAUGGAAUGUUGUCAAGCAUUCAGGAGCAACAGUGAUUUUCACACAAAAUAAUUUAAUUAAAUUAUUGAAAUCUAAAGAGGCUAUUAAUCGUAUUCCCUUUAAUCAUUGGCCAAUUAUACUUGAUUCGGAAGAAUACAAUCGUCGAAAAUCUAAUUUCACUAUCCAAACACCUUGUUUAGAUCAACCAAUUGCUUAUUUAGAUUUUGCUGCAUCAACAACAGGUACAUUGACCGGAAUUCGUGUAACCCACCAAGUUGUCUAUGCAUUAUGUCAAGCUCAAAAAAUUCAAUGUGAAUUUUAUCCAACUCGUGAAGUUGUACUUAGUCUUGAUCCUUAUUCUGGUCUUGGAUUCACUUUAUGGACAUUAACAUCUGUCUAUUGUGGACAUCAUUCAGUAUUGAUACCUCCAAAUGUUACAGAAGUGGUACCUGAUUUAUGGCUUACAAUAUGUAGUCAAAGAAAAGUUCGUGAUGUAUUCUGUUCACAUUAUACCAUGGAACUAGCUACACGUUAUUUGACUAAACAAAUGUCUAUUUUAAAGCAACGUGAAAUAAGUUUGUCAAGUAUUCGAAGUUUAGUUGUUGUAGCUGAAGAACGUCCUCGAAUUCAUUUGACUGCUAUGUUCACUAAAUUGUUUUCUAAUCUGGGAUUAACAGGACGUGCUGUGAGCACUUCAUUUGGUUGUCGAGUCAAUUUAGCUAUAUCGUUACAGGGUGCUAGUUCACCGGAAAGUACAACUGUUUAUGUGGAUCGUGUCAGUUUACGAAAUGAUCGUGUUAAAUUGUUAGAAAAAGGAUCACCGCAUAGUCUAUGUCUUAUGGAAUCUGGAAAAUUAUUACCUGGUGUACAUGUUGCAAUAGCUAAUCCUGAUACACUUGGUCAAUGUGCUGAUUCACAAUUAGGCGAAAUAUGGGUAUCAUCUCCACAUAAUUCAACUGAACUAUUAGGUCCAUUUGAUAGUGCUAGUUUAAAUCGUCCUACUGGUGUUGCUUCACAACCUCUACCAGGAUCAAAUGUUGGUGAUUCUUUGCAUGCUCGUUUAGUUACUGGUGAUACUGAAAGAGUUUACGCUAGAACUGGAUUUUUGGGUUUUGUUCGACGAACUGAAUUAACACAAUCGGAUGGAGAACUACAUGAUGCCAUAUUUGUCGUGGGCAGUUUAGAGGAAACUAUUUUACUACGUGGAAUGCGCUUUCAUCCAAUCGAUAUUGAAAAUACUGUGAUGCGUUCACAUAAGAAAAUAUGUGAAUGUGCUGUAUUCAGUUGGUCAAAUUUAUUAGUUGUAGUUGCAGAAUUAGCUGGUGAAGAAAAUGAAGCCAUGGAUCUUGUUCAUCCAAUCACAGCGCAUGUACUCACAGAACAUCAAAUGAUUGUUGGUGUAGUGGUUGUAGUCGAUCCAAGAACUGUGCCAAUUAAUCCAUCAGGUGAAAAACAACGAAUUCUGCUAAGAGAUAGUUUUGUUAAUGAUAAAUUAGAUCCAAUCUAUGUAUCGUAUAAUAUGUAAAUUAUUUAAUUGACAAAAAAUCAAUGUGUAUGUGUUUGUGCGUGAGUGUUUGUUUUGUAAUGGCAAUGUAUUUUCUCUCUCUCUCUCCCAAUGUUCUCUCUUAUAUCGUUCGUUAUAGCUGGCGGCGAUAGGAGCAAUUUUGCAUUGUUUGUCAUUUUUGUUUUCUUUUCUUUUUUUCACUGUAAUUUCAGUCUCAAUGUUCUUCUUCUUCAUCAUCUUCUUGUAAUAAAUAAUUAUUGUUGAAAUUAUUUCUUUAUGCAUCAAUGACAACAAUAAUCAUUCACUACGAAUUACGAAUAUUCUUUACCGUUUAGUGUUUAUUUGAAAAUAAUGUAGGAUUGUAAUAACUACUAGUAUUACUACUAUUAUCAUUAUUAUUAUUAUUAUUAUUAUCAAGUUGUCAGACUAACUCUAGUUGUUUGUUUGUUUCAUGUUGAAAUGAAAGUGAUCUCUUAUCUGUUUGUUAAUCAGAGAAAAAAUUUUCUUUCGACGCUGCUAUUUCCCCCCCCCCCCGACUGGAUGCUGCAAUUUUGGGGAUUGUUUAAAAUUACCUUACUUGUAUUUUGUUUCUCAAUUUCAGCUCAUCAUCGAUAUCUGCUGCUUUAAAAAAAAAAUUCGUCAAUCAAAAGACAACCAACCAUCCCUUUUUGUCUAUUUAAUUUUAUUAUUAACUUAUUCUCUAUCUCUGCGCAUAGGAUACAUACAUAUACAUCAAUACACUGCACUGCAUGUUUCAUAACACAACCACUCCUCCUUUCUUUAUUCAAAUCAUUUUCAUUUGCGUUGCUAAUUUGUUUUGAUGCUAUUUUCUUUUUGAGGAAGAAUAUAUAUAUAUGUGAAGAACUAUUUCAGGAAUUUUUAUCAUGUAACUGAAGCAUUUUCCCUGUGUAUAAAAAUUAAAAAAAACGUAGCAAUUUUAAAAAUGUCGAAGUGCGCCCUGCUUCUGUCCUGUCCACUUGUUUCAUUUUCCCUUAAUUUAAUACUUAUUAUUAUUAUGAUUAUUAUUAUUCAUAUAUCUGUAACCGGUGCUUCGGGUUUUUCUUCCUCUCUGUCUCUCUCUAUCUCGAUGUAUUAAUAUUUUGGUCGAAUACAUUUUCAACCUGACUUUAUUUAAAGCACCUUCCUUCAUUCAUUGUAUUAUGGCGCUAUACACAUUGUGCAUACGUCCAAUUAUGGACAUUCAGUCAUGCGUGAUCUGAUUAUAUGCAUAGUAGUAAUUUAACUGAUAUAUAAAUUAUAUUUGGUGAAUUGCCAAAAUUUUUCAUUUCUUUGCCUAUUCUAGAGUUUUUCUUCACAUCACUGUUCAUGUGUGUGCGUGUAUGCGAAUUAGGAACUGAUUGUUUUGCCUUAAUGAAUAUUCUUUCUUAUUUCUCACUUCUUAAUUCCUGUAUACACUAUUGUGUUCCGCCUUCAUCAUAUUAAUUUUCAUGAUCAAUUUUUAACCCAACCAUUAGAACUAACUAAUUCAAUCAUAAUAAUUGAAUAAUAACUGCAAUAUUUUGAUUCUUUCUUUUCAUAUUUGCCUUUUUCUUUGAAUCCUUUCUUUUUAUUGAUUGUUAUUUUCAUGUUUCUUUUUGUUUUCAUCCAUUGUUCUUCGUCCACACACACACACUCUGUCUCUCUCUCUUUGUCUUUGUCUGUCAUCACUUGUCAUACAUAUACUUUUAAAAUGAUUUAGUGAAGAUUUUCUUUUCUGUAUAAUAUUCUAUGUAUAACAAAAAAAUCGAAACAUCAUUUACGUAAUGUAGAAGAGAAGAGUGGAAUAGUCAAUUUCGGAUUAUUAUUUGAUUGAUUGAUGGAUGAUUAUACAUAUAUUAACUUACUUUCUCAUUUCUUCUUCAUCUUUUUUUUAAAAAAUUAAAAUAUUUACAUGAAUGAGACAUUAUUAUUUUACAAAUUUAUCACAUAGUCUUGUUUGUUGUUGUUAGUCUUCAAACAAACUGAUUAUGUUUGUGGUAUUUUUUAUUUCCGAUGAACAUUUUGAAAAAAAAAAACGAUAAAUCAAUCAAUAAAUGAUUUUAAUUUCGUAAGGUUGUACACUGUAAUCGAAUCAAUGGAAAUGAAUGAAUUAUUGUCAUUGAAUAAUUGUAGUGUGUUCAUUUUUUUGAUCAUUGAUCUACUGUAUCUGAUUGAGUGUAUCUCUUUCGAUGCUGAUUUAUAAUUUAUAUCUGAUUCGUAACCCUGUUAAUGGGCUACUUUGUGUAUGAAUGAGCCUGAACGUAAGGGUACAGACAGAAACCAACUGUUUUCUUCAGGCUCAUCGAUACACGAAAUGAAUAUAUGUGUGUAACUUCAAAGUGACCUUUUGACAACGAUUCAAAUAUGAAUUAUAAAGCAGC